GAGGAGACUGAUAGCAGCUUUCCAUUAACUGCUGCUCCUAUCAACAAUAUUAAAGAAGAGGCCUCUGAAGAACAUAAUCCUGAUGGGCACCAGCUGGAUCUGCUCCACAUAAAAGAGGAAAAUGAAAUGAUCUUCACCAGCCAAGGAGGAGAGCAACUGAAUUUGAAGGAGAAGACUGAAGAUACCAGGUUUCUAUCAACUGUUGUUCAUAUGAAGAGUAAUGAGGAUGAAGAGAAACCUCUAUGUUCUUACUUUCCUCAACUGCAAAAUGAAGUCAGCGUAUUUCCAACCAGCCCUUCAGCUGACUAUAUACAAGGGAAAAUGAAAGACGACUCAAAUGUGGAUUCAAUGAACAAAGUUCUAAAGACAAACAUAACAGUACACACUGGGAAGAAAUCCUUUGGUUGUGAUGUGUGUGGAAAAACAUUUUCUGAUAAGUCAAAUUUAAAAGCACACACGAGAAUCCACACGGGAGAGAAACCUUAUUGCUGUGAUAAUUGUGGAAAAAGAUUUACCUUCAAGUCCGUCUUAAAUGGACAUUUGAGAAUCCACACUGGAGAGAAACCUUUUGGUUGUGAUGUUUGUGGUAAAAGAUGUUCCUCAAAAUCACAUUUAAAAACACACAUGAGAACCCACACAGGAGAAAAACCCUUUGGUUGUGAUGCAUGUGGAAAAAAAUAUUCCUCAAAGUCAGACUUAAACAAACAUGUUAGAAUACACAUGGCAGAGAAACCUUUUGGUUGUGAUGAUUGUGGAAAAAGAUUUUACAUGAAGUCACGUUUUAAUGUGCAUAUGAAAACCCACACAGGAGAGAAACGUUUUGGUUGUGAUAAUUGUGGAAAAAGAUUUUACUUAAAGUCAGUCUUAAAUAGACACAUUAAAAUUCACACAGGAGAGAAACCUUUUGUUUGUGAUUGUUGUUGUAAACGAUUUUCCAUGAUGUCACAUUUAAACUCUCACAUGAGAAUCCACACAGGAGAGAAACCUUUUGGUUGUGAUGUAUGUGGGAAAAGAUGUUCUUCAAAGUCUGAUUUAAACAAGCACGUUCUAAUCCACAUGGGAGAGAAACCUUUUGGGUGUGAUGAUUGUGGAAAAAGAUAUUCUAUGAAGUCCCAUUUAAAUAGACACUUAAAAAGCCACACAGGAGAUAAACCUUUUGGCUGUGAUGAUUGCGGAAAAAGAUUUUUCAUCAAGUCGCAUUUAAAUACACAUAUGAGAAGUCACACAGGAGACAAACCCUUUGGUUGUGAUACAUGUGGGAAAAGAUGCUCCUCAAAGUCAGACUUAAACAAACACAUGAGAAUGCACAUAGGCGAGAAACCUUUUGCUUGUGAUGAUUGUGGAAAAAGAUUUUUCAUUAAGUCACAUUUAAACAGACAUAUGAUGAUCCACACGGGAGAGAAACCUUUUGGUUGUGAUGUUUGUUGUAAAAGAUAUGCCUCAAAGUCUGACCUAAAUAGACAUGCUAAAAGCCAUACCGGAGAGAAACCUUUUGGUUGUGAUGCUUGUGAUAAAAGGUUUCCCUCAAAUUCAAGUUUAAAGGUCCACAAAAGAAUUCAUACAGGAGAAAAACCUUUUAGUUGUGAUGAUUGUGGAAAAAGGUUUUCCAUCAAGUCACACUUAAAAAUACACAUGAGGGUCCACACAGGAGAGAAACCUUUUAGUUGUGAUGAUUGUGAAAAAAGAUUUUCCUUCAAAUCGGUCUUAAAUAGGCACAUGAGAGUCCACACUGGAGAGAAACCUUUUUGUUGUGAUGAAUGUGGUAAAAGAUUUUCCAACAAGUAUCAUUUAAAUAUACACAUCAGAAACCACACAGGAGAAAGACCUUUUGGUUGUGAUGAUUGUGGAAAAAUAUAUUCUAUCAAGUCCCAUUUAAAUAUUCACAUGAGAAUCCACAAAGGAGAGAAACCUUUUGGUUGCGAUUAUUGUGGAAAAAGAUGUUCCUCAAAGUCGGACUUAAAUAGACACAUCAAAAUCCACACCAGAGAUAAAUCUUUGCCUGUGAUUCUUUUGGAAAAGUGAGAUAAGAGAACAUCAAAAAUUUGCUUUACUUUUCCACAAUGGGGAAAUUUAAGUGAGGCAGUGGCAAAAUGGGAGAGCUGUACAUCAAAUUAUUAACAAAAAAGCUAAUGCAAAGUUUGUUCUAAGGCCACAGAGAAUGAACAUAUAUAGGAAUAUAAAAUUAAACCAGAGUAAGUAUUGGACAAUUAUUGAUAAUAUGGCAUAUUCAGUUAAAAAUGAACUAUUAAAGGUUGAGUUGACGAUUUUUCUGGAAAUGUAGGUAAGAAAUGCCCAAGUACCAUUUUGAAUUAAUGCGUAUGCGCAAGAUGAUCUUACCUGCUCUUCCACUCCUUUUUAGAGAUUGUGAAAAAAAUAUACUAAGUGUUAUUUCUUUCUUCUGAGGCCUGCCUCUUUUCUUUCUUUCCUUUAUAAAAUAUGUGAAUUCUAAUAAAUUUUCAGAACCCACAUUUCAUA